CCAGCUUUUUCUGGGUUUGGGUUUUGCCCGCACCCUGGUACCUAUCCCCUGAUGGCGGAGGAAACACAACCAUGGAACCCUCACACUAUCCAUCUUUUACAUGACCAAAAAAAAAAAAAAAGAAAACAACAAGAAAAAAGCACGGCAAAUGUCGCUCUGUUCUGCCCGUCGGCCGUCCGGGAUCUCCAGUGUCCCCGAGGGUCGCCGUAGCCCAGUCCCAGCGUUCUGGUCGUGUCGCCGCCCCGGCCGAAUGUCCAUCCAUGCCUCAGACAAUGUGCCGCGCCGCGCCCUCUUGGCCCAGCCGCCUCCACACCACCACCGCUUAGCCCACCCUCCUCCUCCCCAUUAUCAUCAUCAUCAUCACCCCUUUGAUCUCACCUGCCGAGCCUUUAGCUUUCCUGCACCUUCGCCUCCGCCUUCACCUUCCCCCCAAACAUCAUCAUACCCUCCCGAGGCGGGUCCUGGAAAUCCGGUUCCCACUCUUCCCACUGGCGAGGAGCAGCCGCCCGCCGACGCCCUUCCUCCUUAUCCAGGCGGGCUCCACUUGCCAUCAUCAUUUUGUCUUGCCGAGGGAACUGGCUUGCUGGGGGAGGAGGAAUUCGGCCGCGCGUUGGCCGGGGUAGGUCAGCUAUCGGCAAGGGAUUUGCGCCUGCCAACCAUCUUGGGAUGGGGGACGGGACGCUUAUAUGAAGCCCCCUACCCCUUAACAGCCGCAUCAGCACUGUCUUGCUCACCAUCAACCCUCAACGCCGGAACCGCAAGUCUCUCAACAGGCUUUGUGGCGGAAUCUAUCGUUUUCUUUUCCAAGAUUCAGGUCGGGGGACUUCCACUCUUGUUCGGCAACUACACCACAAGUGCCAGCCGCCUGACCCUCCUAGAUACCCUGUUCCCUUUACCAGAGACCGACAAGAGGACCCAAAACCACGAGAAGGCUCGAUAAGGCUCAUCAUCUCGAUAGCCGGUGCUAUACGGGAACGGCGCAUCGCAAGUGCACACCAACGCACCAAACGAGCCAUACGGCACUAUGCAAGGCGGCGUCACUGAAGCGCUGCUCCAGUACCUGGGGCAGCACUGGCUCAGCGUUGGCGUCGUCGUCCUAGCUGCGUGGCUUGUUCGGAAUCGGUACCAUAAUGGCCUCAACAAGUACCCUGGCCCCCUUUUGGCCUCCUUCACCGAUCUCUGGCGCUUCUGGGACGUUUAUGGCCGGCGGCCCGAGGUUACGCAUCAGAAGCUCCACGCCAAGUACGGCGACGUCGUGCGGCUCGGGCCCAACAUGCUGUCCAUCUCGGACCCCAAGGCGGCCAAGGCCAUAUAUGGUCUGAAUAAAGGCUUUGUAAAGUCCGACUUUUACAUUGUGCAACAAUCCGUUGCCAAAGGCCAGAGGCUGCCGUCGCUCUUUAGCACGACAGACAACGACUUCCACGCGCAGUUCCGGCGCUGCGUCAACGGGGCUUUCGCCAUGUCGGCCCUCGUGCAGUACGAGCCCUUCGUGGACAACACCACCAAGCUCUUCCUGCGCCAGACCGAGACGCUCUGGGCCGACAACGAUGACGGCUGCGACAUGGGCCGGUGGAUGCAGUUCUACGCCUUUGAUGUUAUUGGCGAGAUCACGUACAGCAAGCGCCACGGCUUCGUCGAGAAGAACGAGGACAUCGACGGCAUCAUCGGCUACCUCGGCUGGCUGUUCAACUACGUCGCGCCUGUCGGGCAGAUGCCCUGGCUGGACCUGCUGUUCCUCAAGAACCCCAUCUACCUGAAGCUGUCGCAGUGGGGGCUCAUGGACGCGACCUUCCCCGUGGCCCGCUUCGCGCGCGAGCGCAUGGCCGAGCGCGUCCCGACGCUGCUGACCACCAUGAACGGGGCCAACGCGGCGGACCGCAAGUUCGAGGCCCCGUCGGAAAAGAAGAGCCCCGUCGACUUGGGCUCAACGACCGAGGGCUCGGGGGUGAGGUCCCCCGACCUGCUGUCCAAAUUCCUGGCGGCGCAGGAGGCCCGGCCCGAGUUCAUGUCGGACACGCUCGUGCAGACCAUGGCCGUCUCCAUGGCGUUUGCGGGCUCCGAGACGACCGCCAUCACCCUCAGCGCCGUCUUCUACUACCUCCUGCGCAACCCGGCCGCCAUGGCCCGCCUGCGCGCCGAGAUCGACGGGGCCGCCCGGGCCGGCAUGUUCAGCGACUACGAGACGGGGCUCGUGACGUGGCACGAGGCCCAGCGCCUGCCCUACCUGGACGCGUGCGUCAAGGAGGCCUUCCGCGUCCACCCGGCCGCCGGCCUGCCCAUGGAGCGCGUCGUGCCCGCCGGCGGCUGCGAGAUUGCGGGCCGCCACGUGCCCGCCGGCACCAUCGUGGGCGUGUCGGCGUGGGUGGUGCACCAGAACAGGGACAUCUUUGGCGACGACGUCGAGGCGUACCGGCCCGAGCGGUGGCUGGUGGACGAGGACAAGGUGCGGGCGGCCGAGGAGCGGCGCGUCAAGGAGAUGGGCGGCAUGAUGCUGCACUUUGGCAUGGGGUCGCGGACGUGCAUCGGCAAGAACAUUAGUCUGCUCGAGAUUUACAAGGUCGUGCCGAGCCUGCUGAGGAAGUUUGAGAUCGAGUUCCAUGACCCGACGCAGGACUGGGAGAUUGUGAACUCGUGGUUCGUCAAGCAGAACAACUUCAGGACCAAGUUCCACCGCCGGGAGCUUGUGCGUCCGGAUGGAGAUGUCGCUUCGUCGUAGAUAUAGAUUCUUCUUUUCCCGCCGUGUUUUUUUUUGGGGGGGAUUGGAUGAAGCAGCAAUACUCGGGACGAGAUAUCCACAUACAACUGCAAUUACUCAUAUAAAAGAACACAGCAACAUGGCAGCAUGUUUUUGAUAGUGCCCGCAUCCCCCUGACGCGAGAAGUGACA